AUGGCGCCGCCUUGCCUCCAUGGCCGCCGCGCCUCCCUCUACAGCACCAGGCCGCGGCCACCUCUCCUCGCCAUGGCCCUCGCGAGCUUCCUCUCGCGCCGCCUCUCCUCCUGCUUCUGCACGUCGCCCCGCGCCUCCGCCUCCGCGCCACUCGCCGGAGCCCCCGCAAGCCUCCUCCACGCGCCAAGUCCUGCGGCCGUCGCCCCUGCAUCGCGCCAAGUCCCUGCUUCGCGCCCCCACGACUUCGUCUGCGCCGUCUCCUGCUCCUCGCCUCGAGCACCGACGCUCCAAGGCCGGCCUCCUGCAGCUCAUUGUUGCCGGAGCUCCCCACCACCACCACCAUGCGUCGCGCGCCAGCUCCCUCUCGCCGACGCCGCGCUCGGACCCCACCGCGCCUUGCUUUCGACCUCGGCUUCCGCGUCCCAUGGCCACGAGUGCCACCAGCAGCAGUUUCAGGGCGUCCCCGUCGCCGAGUCCCUCGCUGCCCUUCUGCACCUCGUCUCCGACCCUGCCCGUCGGAGCCACGCCUCUCGGUGCCCGCAGCUGCGUCGCCGGUCUUCCUCCUCGAUGUCGCCGCCUCAAGCCUCCCCAUGCCUCGCGAGACCGCCGUGCCAAGUUUCCGCCACUGCCGCUGCAAGUCCCGCUCGGAACCAGCCUCCUGCAUCACGCCCCUGUUGUUGUUGA